AUGCCCAAAUGUUUUUUUUAUACAAUUUAGAUGUUUUUCCAUAAUGGAAUGUACCGAAAUGUUUAUAACGUUGCCCCACAAGACCUCCAUUUGUUUAACAGAAGAAUGCCGAAACGUUGGCUACAACAUUUUUUCAUCAUUGAAUUCUUCUAAUAAUCCAUGUACAAAUUUUUACGAAUUCACUUGUGGUAACUGGAAAAUAAAUAAUCAGGUGCCAUUUUCCGAUUCGGAGCCAUUUUGGAACCAAUGGAUUCGCAACGAGUUCAUUAUGAGAGAACAAAUCGAUAUGAUAAUAACAAAAUAUCAAUCGAAAAACAGCAAUUUCGUAAAGAUAAAUAAGUUAUACAAAUCUUGUUUGAACAGAGACGAUAAUGAGUCAAGUUAUUUAAAAGAAGCAAGGAUUUUAAUAAACAAAUUAGGUGGAUGGAAAAAACUAUCAAAUGCUGCCACUACUGGAAAAAAACAACAGUAUUCCUGGUUGCUAAAAGUUGCUGAAGUUACACGGUUAUUUGGAGUACAUCCUCUAAUUAAAAUGCAUGUGGCUAUCGACCUUCAGGACACGUCCAAAUAUAUACUGAAAUUUGAUCCUGGAGAACUAUCACUUCCUCUAUGGAUUUUGGAAAAUCCUCUGCGAUAUCUCGAACAUAUAAACGCUUAUCACAAUUGGAUUUACAAAACAAUGUCCUUAAUCUUACCGAAUGUAGAGGAGAAGUCUUUACAGAUUCAAGCAUUGUACUUGAUCCAAUUUGAAAUCGAAAUUGCCAGAUUAAACAAAAUAAAACAGAAAUUUGUAAGACUGCCGUUAAAAAAAAUGUAUAAAAGAAUGCCCACCAACGAUUGGAAUAAAAUUGUUAAAAUUUUAUUUCGCAAUACAAAGGCAGACAUACAUCCCACAACAGUUGUACAAAUUGGAAAACUGGAGUAUUUCGAGAAACUUGAAGACGCUCUGAAAUAUACUGAGUCACAAAUAAUUCAUAACUACAUAAUAUGGACUGUUCUAAGAGACUUAGCUAGAGACAUAACAAAGGAAACAAGGCAUUUGAAUUUCCUUAUCAACAGUAGCAUUUUCAAAACAAAAGUUGAUAUUUCAACAACUAGGGAAUGCGUUGACCUAGUGAGUUCCCAUUUUGAUUCAAUUUUGUUACCUGUUUACGUCACCGAAUACUCACUUCAAAAAGACAUUGAAGACGUUAAAAAUAUAUCGGAGCAAAUAAGAAAGCAGUUUAUAAAAAACUUGGAACAAAAUUCGUGGUUACACUUUUCCACGAAACUUGAAGCUGUCGAGAAACUUAAAAACAUGAAAUUUUCAUUUGGAUACUAUCCGGAAGGGCUCAAUGACUCGACUUUAGAAAGGUACUACGGGGAGCUUAACAUAACAGAAAACUACUUCCUCAACGUAAUAAAAUUGAAAAGCUUUCGCAUUCAAAAAAUGUUGGAAAAGUUGAACCAACAAGUGGAUGAUAUAGCGGUACCAGAAAGAGCAGUACAAACAAAUGCAUAUUAUAAUGUGCUUCAAAACAGCGUAAUUAUUCCCCUAGGCUUGAUGGAACCGCCAUUUUACUAUAGAAAUGCAUCCAGGGCAAUUAAUUUUGGUGCCUUAGGAAGUCUAAUCGGUCAUGAAAUGUCCCAUUCUUUGGACUGGAACGGUCGCCGAUUUGACUCGAAUAAUCAAAUGACGAAUUGGUGGAACCAGAAAGAUUACUUAAACUACGAAUUUCAUGAAGAAUGUUUUCGAAAAUUUUACAACGUUAGUGACAGUGAUUGGAGAAUUAGUGCUAAUGAAAAUAUAGCAGAUUUUGUCGGUGUUUUCACCAGCUAUCAGGCUUAUCAGGAAUCCAAAGAAUCAAAUGAAGAUGUUAUACCAUUUCUGGAAAAUUAUACCAAUGAGCAAUUGUUUUUUAUAGGAUACUCACAGGUUUGGUGUGAAACAAUAGAAGACCAAAAUUUCAUGUACAAUGAUGAACAUCUACCUGUGAAUAUCAGAGUCGAAAGUGUUUUACAAAAUUUAAAUUGGUUUCAAACAAAUUUCAACUGCAUGAAAAACCAUAUACCAAAGUGUACAAUAUGGUAAUGGUUUUUUCU